CGGAUGGUCCUGAUUCUCUCUUUUUCUGCAACUAUUUUCCUUAUCUCAAACACUCUCACAGUCACUGAAAAAAUUCCAUUCAAUUUUAUUUUCCGUGUGGAAAUAAUCUAAUGGCUUCUCUAAGUUUCUCUCUGUCUUCUCUACUUCUGUUAAUAGCCUCAGUUGCAUGGCUGUUGGUCAUUGUUGAGUCAAAGACCUACUGGGCAGACGUUGAGGUUCUGAAAGAGCUAAAGAACUCGCUCGACCCCAAAUCAGUGACUCCUGGUUCAUGCUUGAGCUCGUGGGACUUCUCUGUUGAUCCAUGCGACAACCUUUUCAGUGAGAAAUUCACUUGUGGGUUCAGGUGCGACCUUGUAGUUUCCAAGUUGAGCCGGGUCACUGAGCUCAGUCUUGACCAAGCGGGUUACUCUGGUUCAUUGUCUUCGGUUUCUUGGAACCUUCCUUGUUUAGAAACACUCGACCUCUCAAACAACUAUUUCUCAGGGUUUAUUCCUGACUCGUUAUCCAAUCUGACUCGGUUGAUUCGACUCGGCCUGUCAAGAAACGUGUUUUCUGGUGCAAUACCCGCCUCGAUUGGGUCACUCUCUAGGUUAGAAGAGCUUUACCUUGAUAACAACAACAUUGAAGGCAGAAUUCCUGCGAGUUUCAAUGGUUUGUCUAGCUUGAAAAGGCUCGAAAUACAAUCAAACAAGUUCACCGGUGAGUUUCCUGAGCUGAGUUCUCUCAAAAACCUUUAUUUUUUAGACGCGAGCGACAAUGCAAUAUCUGGACAAGUACCAGCAACACUACCAAGUUCUCUGGUUCAAAUCUCAAUGAGAAACAACAAGUUAGAAGGAACAGUACCAGAAAGUUUAAAAUAUUUGACUUCUUUGCAGGUGAUGGAUCUAAGUAACAACAAACUCAGUGGCUCAGUGCCUUUAUUUAUUUUUAACCAUCCUUCUCUCCAACAACUCACUCUCUCAUUUAACCAUUUCACCUCCCUACAAUCACCCAGUAUCUUAACCACCGUUCAAAGCCAGCUCAUAUCCGUCGACUUAAGCAACAACGAGCUUCGAGGUUUACUUCCUUUGUUCUUGGGUUUAAUGCCAACUCUUUCUGCAUUAUCUCUAGAAAACAACCAGUUCACCGGUAUGAUACCAAGCCAGUACGCGAUAAAGGUAGUUAAACCCGGAUCUGGAGUGGCUCCAUUUGAGAGGCUAUUGCUUGGAGGAAACUACUUGUUUGGACCCAUACCCGGUCUGUUAAUGGGGCUCCAACCGGGUUCUGCUAAUAUCAGGUUGGCCGAUAAUUGCUUGUACCGGUGUUCAUUUUCUUUCUUCUUUUGUCAAGGUGGUGAUCAGAAGUCCUUGUCGGAGUGUAAACGAUUUAUCCCUGGAAUUCCUUAAAAGAAAAUGUAAUUAAUUAAUUAUGUUAUAUUAUGUUGUAUUUUUG